AUGAAGUGUGGGCCACCACAUGUGCUGCGAAGGGUGCCUCGAGGUGACAUGAGUAACGCUGCUGAGUGUCAGCGGAUAUCAAGUCAGUCAAAAAUCGAGACUGUGUUGUGGAGUUUCGUCAGUGGAGCAAUUGAAUGUAGGUGGGACCUCAUUCGUUUAUACAGGUUAGAGGUUACCUGCAACACCGCCUGCCACUUUCGACCACCCGUGUUUCGUGUACGUGCACUUCGAAUGUCCAACUUCGUCGUGACCGUGGGCGAUGAAUGCGUCAGCCUGACAACUGCCUCACAAUCGACCAAACUGUCAUCAGGCUCUAUUGAUGGUCUGCUGGCCACUGUGUGGUGGGUGGUUUCGGCACCUUGGAAUGUGCAGCUGGCCGUGAACUGGAGGUUGCAAAUGCAAGAGCUGCGUUGCAGCACUCGUUCAUCAUGGCACCAUGCAAUCUCAACCAUUGUCUGA